UAGGAAAGGCACUACGGUCUCCCUCUUUGCUAUUGCCGCGACCAUCCGGCACAUUCAGUCUGCCGAGUGCACGAGAUACCGUUAGCUCUAGACUGCAGCCAACUUACUGGUCAAGAAUCCUACCUAGAUCGGGGUGAACUUGCUAAGCGCGCAAGGUAAAAGUCGCGAGUUCGCUUGGACUGUAGCGCUGAAGUAAUUAAGGGCAUAUACGAGCUUCUGUCCACAUGAUGAUACAAGGACACGUCCAGGCGCCCGCGCGUUUUAUACGCGGGCCGCGCAAGGGUGUUGCGCCGCGGCACGCCGUCUGCUCCAGCCUCGCCCACCCGGUCUCGGUCCCCCACUUGCCGGCAGCCCCCAGCCCCUCGCCCCUCGCCACCCCUGGUGCUCCCCGCCAGCCCUCCAUCCUGUCCAGCUCCCAUCCCGCGAUGGGUCGCGCCGGCUUCUCGCAGCUUCCCUCCUGGGUGCCGCAGGCCAGCGCAACGGCCACGCUGGAGCGCGGCGCUGUGGACACCAGCCUCACCCGCUACCGCCGCCACAGCAAGGCCGGCGCGGUAGUGGAUGCCACGUGCGAGGCGCGUGACGGCAAGGUCAUCGUGCGCGUGACGGCGUCGUAUGCCAACGCGCCGCACGCCGCGCCUUCCGAGCUGCAGCUGCAUUGGGGCAUGUACCGCGCCAGCGGCACCAAGUGGCACCACCCCAAGGAGGCCGUGCCGCCCGACAGCACCAGACUGGAGCAGGGCGGCGCCGGCGCCAUGCGCACGCCCAUGGCCUGGGACGGCCGCGCCGGCCCCGGCGGCGAGGGCGCCUGGGUGCUGCGGUUCGAGGUGCCGGCCAAGUUGGCGCCGCUGCACCUGGCCUUCUCGCUGUACCAGCCGGCCACGGACAAGUACGACGUGCCCGUCCGCGCCCCGCACUUUGCGGUGCCGGUGGGCAUGAGCGCCGGCUCGCCCCAGCCGCUGGGCGCCUCGGUGGUGGCGGUGUCGCCGCCCGGCCCCAGCAACGGCGGCUUCAACGGCUUCAACGGCCACCACGGCGGCGGCAGCGACCCGCGAGAGACCACCUGCGCCGUGAACUUCGCGGUGUUCAGCCGCCACGCCUCCAGCCUGCAGCUGUGCCUGGUGCGGCUGGAGGGCGCGGAGCCGGAGGGCGGCGCCGGAGGGCCGCUGGUGGCGCAGAGCGUGCUGGAGGUGGUGUUGGACCCGCUCACCAACCGCACCGGCGACGUGUGGCACGUGUGCGUGCACGGGCUCAAGGACCUGGAGACGCUGUGUUGGGCCUGGCGGGCGGACGGCGAGAUCCUGUGGCAGAACGGCAACCGCUUCCACCCCGGCUUCAUGCUGAUGGACCCGCACGCCACGCGCGCCGUGCCGGUGCUGCUGCCGCCGGGCGCGCACAAGGCCGCGCCGCGCAUGGCGCCCUCGCUGGACGCGGGCGAGCCGGUGCUGCUGGGCAGCCUGGCGGCGUUCGUGCACGCGCCCUUCGACUGGCAGGGCUGCCACCAGGCGGUGCGUGGCGGCCAGAGCCGUGUGCGCGCGCUGGAGGAGAGCGUGGUGGUGGAGGUGGAUGUGGCGCGGUUCACCACGGGCCGUGACGCAGAGGCCGCUGUGCCGCCCGAGCACCGCGGCAAAUACCUGGGCAUCCUGGACCGCCUCGACUCGCUGAAGGCCGCCGGCGCCACCACGGUGCUGCUGAGCCCGGUGUGCCUGUCCGCGCCCGGCCCCUCGCCCGCCGCCGGCCGCUCGCCGCUGGCGUUGCUGGCGCCUGACCCGGCCUUCGCGGUGGGCGGCCCGCUGGCGGCGGCGGCGGAGCUCAAGGCCGUCAUCCGCGGCCUGCACCAGGCGGGGCUGGAGGUGCUGCUGCAGGUGGAGUUCUGCGUGACGGCGGAGGGCGGCGACGCGGGCGCGGGCCGGCUGCAGGGGCUGCGCGGCCUCGACCACGCCGUGUACUACAGGGACGGGCUGGAGGCGCCGGUGCUCAACUGCGGCCAUCCGGUGGUGCGGCAGCUGGUGCUGAGCGCGCUGCGGCACUGGGCGUCCGAGUACCGCGUGGAGGGCUUCUGCUUCCUCAACGCCGAGAACCUCACGCAGGACAAGUUCGGCAGUGUGCUGGACGCGCCGCCGCUGGCCGAGGACAUUGCCGGCGACCCCGUGCUGCGCGGCCUCAAGCUGGUGGCGGCCGUGUCCAACCCCGCGCUGCUGCCGCGGCUGGCUGAGCGCGGCUUCCCGCACUGGGGCGUGUGGCAGCAGGUCAACGACCGCUACGCCGCCGACCUGUGCUCCUACCUGGUGGGCUGCCAGCGCGGCAUGCUGUCGGCAGUGGCCACCCGCCUCACGGGCAGUGCCGACUUGUUCGCGCCGCGCUGGGACGCGGGCCUGCCGGGCGGUCUGGCGGCGGGGCGGCGCGCGGGCUUCGGCCUCAACGCAGUGGCGCCGCUGGGCGACGUGCCGCUGGGCGGCGUGAUCGACAGCGAGAACGCGAUGCGUGGCGACGCGCUGGCUCGCUCGCUGCUGGUGGCGCAGUUCGUGUCCGCCGGCCAGCCGCUGCUGGCCGCAGCCAACCUGUCGCGCCCCGGCGUGCCGCAGCUGCUGGCGGCGCUGGCGGCGGUGCGGCGCGGCUACCGCUCCCUCAUCUGCCCCGCCUCCAUCACCGCGCCUGAGCGCGAGGUGGCCUGGCACUCGCCCUACGGCGGCGGCGAGCCCGACUGGAGCGGCUCCAACCCCGACCCCGUCGCCAACUGCGUGCUGCUGACGCUGGGCGGCGGCGCCAGCCGGCCCGGGCACAUGCUGGCGGCGGGCUUCAACCCGCAUGGCGAGCCCAUGUCCGUGUCGCUGCCGCGCCCGCCCGCCGGCGCCGUGUGGCGGCUGCUGGUGGACACGUCGCGGCCCGUGCCCACGGCGACCGCCGGCGGCGCCAGCCUGGGCGCGGUGCUGCCGCCGUCGGAGCAGGCGCAGUACACGCUGGGGCCGUUUGGCUCGGUGCUGCUGGAUGCCGUGCCGCAGGCCGGCAGCGCGGCGGCGGUGGGCGGGCCGGUGGCAGCGGCGGCUGCGCCUGGCUACGGCUUGUCGCCCGCGGCGGCGGCGGCCCGGAAGCACUGAGCGCUGUAAUGUUGUGUUUACGUUGACGUAUAUGCGAGUGCGAGUAAGACCUCGACUACAGGGCUGUGCUCCCAAAGCACUUCGGCCGGGGCCUGUGCAAGCAGUGCUACGGAUGGCAGUGGCGCAAGAACAAUGAAAGAGAAGGGCGGGUUUGCAUACGUUGUGGUGUAGUAGACGCGCCAGUGACACAGGCAACAAGCAACGUGUGAGUGGGUGCGAAGAUGCACCACUUGUUGGCGAGGGGUUUCUGUCGUGCUAGCGGUUGCCAAAUGCGGCCAGGGCCAGGUGUUGUUGUAUUGUUGCAUCAGUGUUUGUUAGUGCGUGGGCGCAUCAACCGCCUAUGAAGAUGUGCAAUAAGCAGGAAUUGAGCUUUAAGAUUGCAGACCACACGUGGGCAGGACGGCCCUGAACUGCUUGUCAUUCUUGGGCUCAGAGGUGCGAAGGGGUUUACUGUGAAUGCGAAGGCUUGUACGAGAGACUGCAGAGGUUGUGAUUGAAUAUGUGGCAAUGAUCAAAGCAUGGAGUAUGGAGAGUGGCAAGGUCAGGUUGCAUGGGCCAUGUGGAUAAAAGCGGGUGGCGGGUGGGGGCAUGGGUGGGGUGAAGCUGUGGUCGAACGUGCUGAUGAACUGCAAUUACUUGGUGACUUUGCUCGUGUUUUACAGUGCCCUCCACGGGUGCGACAUGCCCGCACGGUACUCGGGCCAUCCGUGGCUCUUGCCAACGCGGCGUCCCACACGCCGGAGCAGUGUGUUGAGUUUGCGCCUAGAACAGACGACCACUCAGGAUGGUGUAUUGAGGCUCGCGCUGAGACAGGAUCUCCCAUCACAACCCAUCUAGCGCCCUAAGCCAACGGACCUAGGCCGGAUUGCUAGCGGAUAGCUGGGGAAGACAGCAUCAACCAGUGCUCGUAUCUUCCAUCUACACUGUAGAAAUGUGCCCAAAAUCCGCCGAAGGCGGAGAAAAUUUUUUGGGUGUGGGUGCCGCGCAUCUACGCAGGUGUAGACGUUUUGGCCGGUUUUGGCGCAAAAAUGGGGGAAGCGUAGACGUUUUGGGGGGCUUUGGGGCUUGAGUGUAGAUGCCGCGGUCAGGGUCAUCUAUGCAUGUGUAGAUGCCGGGUGCCUGAGGGCAUCUACAAGAUACGA